AUGUGGAAAACUUACCUUCAGCCUACUAAAAGUUUUAAAGCAAAAACAAAGGACCCGUCAAACGUGAGGGAAAGAAUCCAAAGCUUAUCAGAAGCUGUAAGCGGCCUAAAGCAAGACGUCCAUAAUGAAGCUACAGUUAAUGCAAUGAACUUUGAAAGGAUUGAAAAGCAGCAUUUUAAUACAUUAAAUAGCCAAGUAAUGACCCUAAAAAAAGCUUUUACAGACCUUGCAGAUGCUUUAGUAGAAGAAUUAGAUGGGGUAAGAGAAGAAAUGAGGGGAGAAAUAAAGAUGAACAAAGAAGAAAUUUGGCAGAAAUUUGAGGAAAUUAAUAUGAACAACAGGCAAGCACAAGAAAACCAUCAUCAACUGAAUGCUGCACUAACACAGACUACGAAACAAGCUUUUCAGCAUAUACAAACACUGAAAGCAAACCAAGAUAAAUUAGCAGGAGAUAUUGAAGCGGGAAGAGCAAAGGCGAGUGAAGCUCAAAAUGAUUUAAAACAGUUUAUUACCCAGCUGCAGAAAAUUGUGGAGACAAAUUCACAGCAUGUUGCAAGUCUUUAUAAAGAGCAAAAAAUCAUACAAAAUAAUUUGGAAAAAUUAAAUAAACUGCCUGAUGAAAUUUCACACACAAAUAAAUGGCGACGACACCGACCUGUCCCUCCCCCGAACCUGUAGUGUGAUUGGGGACCUUGCUGCGGCCUGAAGCUAAUCCACUCAGGGAAAGGUCUGAUAUGGGUACUGGUAUUUGUGCCCGGCUAGGUUUCCCUCCCGGUCCAGCAAUGACGAUUUUUGGAUCGUCCCGACGGGACAUGGGACAAAAAAGGGGUUUUCCUCUAGGGACUGCUGGCGCCCAAAUCGGACGGCACAGCAGAUGCCGAUAAGAGCUAGGGAGUUAAUCUCUAGCUCUAACCCUAGUCCGCCUACUUCCGGAAUCUCAUGACCAGCCCCAUGACCGGAAGGAGCCGAGUGGUAGCCUGUGGCACUUAGGUGUACACUGGGAGCAGGGCAAGGAAAGCAAGCGAGACGACCAAAAGGAGGAAGAAAAGGACCUACGGUCCUGGCCGGGAGCUACUCAAUAACAUUCUAAUUCUAAUUCUAAAUUCUGCCUGAUGAAAUUUCAAAUGAAAUUUUGAAUGAAAAAGAAAAAAACCAAGAAAACGUAGAAAUUCUUCAAGAAAGCAUUAAAAAUCUUAGUUUUGAUAUAAGAAACCUCGAAAAACAGCUUCUUGAGUACUCCACUAAGUCUGAUUUACAGCUAUUUAAAGGUGAUUUUAUUGAUUUAGAAAAGAAAUUAAAAGAACUAUCAGAAGAAUACAGAAAAUCUUUUUAUGAAAUUAGAAAAGAAUUUGAUGGGAAAUGCGAUGAUAUUAAAAGAGAACAAAUUAAUAUUUCUGAUGAAAUUAUCCAAGAAAUCAGAGAAAAAAGUAGCCCACAGAUAGAAAAUAGGGUGGAAUAUCUGGAAGAGCUAACCACUGCUCAGCGAAGAGAAUUAUUUGGGUCAAUUACAUCAAUGGAGCAGUCCUUUGUGAAAAAGCAAGAAAAGAUUAUAAGGGCAAUUUAUCAGCUUGCCAGACACCAAGAUCUCCCUGAAGCUCUUCUUGGGCUUUAA